AGCUGGUCACUGCGACUCCCAGCUACGUCAACUAUCUAAGAAGACAACAACAAGUUUACUUGGGCCUCUAAUUCCUUACAACGGAUUUUAAAAAUGAGUGACCCGAGGACUCGAUAUCCACGGCACGGAGUUGACAAACUUUAACAGGCAGUCUGCCUCUUCCAGGAUCGCUGGCAAACCUAAUGAAAGAGACAGUUUUAUUGUCCUAGCUUGCUGGCUAACGUUAGCUAUUUGUCUGGUGAGUUAUCGAGAGAUAUGAUGUCUUUUCAGCAGAAGUACCGUCGGCCACAGGCGUGCAUUAAGCAGGAGCAGGAUGACGACUCGGACGCAGAGGAGACUCACCUGGGUCCGAGGAGGUCCGACGGGCUGGAGUCUCAGAUCAUCCACAGCGGACACUUCAUGGUGUCCUCGCCCCACAGCGAGCACCCUCCGAAGAAAGGCUACGACUUCGAUACUGUCAACAAACAGACCUGUCAGACCUAUCAUUUUGGCAAGGCGAGCAUGUCGCACUUCUCCAUAGACGCUUCACUGACCAAACUCUUUGAGUGCAUGACUCUUGCCUACAGUGGUAAGUUGGUAUCUCCCAAAUGGAAGAACUUCAAAGGUCUAAAACUGCUUUGGAGAGACAAGAUCCGCCUCAACAACGCCAUAUGGAGAGCCUGGUAUAUGCAGUAUGUGGAGAAAAGGGAAAAUCCUGUUUGUCACUUUGCAACUCCCCUAGAUGGAAAUAUGGACCUGGACGUCCAUCGCCAUGCAGAGGGCAUUGCCACAGAGGCGAAAUGCUGGAAAAGAAGAAUUGAAAUUGUCAUAAGAGAAUACCACAAGUGGAGAACAUACUUUAAGAAAAGGUUACAGAAGCACAAAGAUGAUGAUCUCUCAAGCUUGCUGAAGGGACCAGAGGAGCAGUGGUCGCUGUUCGGGGAAGUGUCUCCAGACAUGCUCCGUGUCUCCUUUUAUCAGGAUGAAGAGACUGCUGCACGGCGUGUGACUCGUAGGCUAAAUGAAACACCCGCCCCUAUGGAGAUGGACCCCCUCUUUGACAUGGAUGUUCUGAUGUCUGAGUUUUCAGACACGUUGUUCUCUACGCUGGCCUCCCACCAGCCCAUAGCCUGGCCUAAUCCGAGGGAGAUUGCUCAUGCAGGAAACGCAGACAUGAUCCAACCAGGCCUCAUCCCUUUACAACCCAACCUAGACUUCAUGGACUCCUUUGAUCCACUGCAAGACUUAUUUCACAGCCUCCGUCAGCCCGCCUUCCCCUCUGUUUCACCCACUGCAUCAUCUGUAACCCCUCUACCCAGCAGCAGCUCUCAGUCACAGGCCCAGUUAAUGUCCUCCAUGCUCACAACCAACCACAUCUCCCCUCCUGGCCCCCUGCCCGUCCCCUCUCCCAUGGCCAGUCAAACCAGUCGACCAGGUGCUGCCUAUGUACCGAACUACAUGCCUCUGUUUUCUGGGCAGGUGGCGCCCAGUGGUCAAGCAGUAGUUUCCUCAGUCUCCCAUGAUCCUCUGGUGCAGUGCCUUCCAGGUCAGGACCUGGUUCCCUCACCGCUGGACAACACCUCAGCGUUGGAUGAGACUGUAUCGCCGUCUGUGAUUACACACACGGCCUCCUCUACUGUCACUCCCAGCGACGCAACCACCACCUUCAGCCACGCCUCAGAGUACAGCUCCAUAUCCACACAACCUCCAGCUCCGACCUCCCAGCUCCAGCCCUUGGCUCCAUUACCUGCCACUCCUGUCCAGCACCCUCAGACUUUUGCCCUGCCUCGCCCCUUUCAGUCAUCCAGUGCCAACAAAAACCUCCCUGUGCAAAGGAUUGCUCCUGCUAACAGCCUCCCACCCUCCCACCUCAUCCUCGCAGCCCCUUUCCCAGGUCAUGCCAAUGCUGUAAUUGUUACACCGACUCCUCUGAAAGCAGAAGUGGUCCAUAAUGCUGGAGUAGUCAUCACUCCUCAACUUGCAGGGGCUCCUGGAUUUCACGUCGUGUCUCAGACAAAGAAGUCUCCCCAGCCGAUUGCCCCCAAAGAAAAGUCUUUUUCUGCCAGCCGCAAAAAUCAGAAAGCUUCCUCCAGUGUCGUCCACAGUCAGCCAGGAUCAGGUCAACAAUCGCCAUGUGGAUUAGAUCAAGUUCCCAGUCCCCAGUCACUGAUCAGCAGCAGCAGUACAUCUCUGGUGAAAAAUGAACAAAAUCAGAGCCGGAGGACAACACACGUAUCAGCGGAGCAAAAGAGACGAUCAAACAUCAACAUUGGCUUUAAAACUCUCUGCAACCUGGUUCCCACACUAAAGUCCCAAUUAAAUAUCAGUAAUGCAGUCACAUUGCAGAAGACAGUGGAUCACAUUGGGAAGCUCCAGCAGGAGAGGCAGCAGAUGCAGGAAGAGAUCAAGAGACUACGAGAGGAGAUCGAGGAGCUCAACACCUCCAUUAACUCAUGUCAGGAGCAGCUGCCUGCCACAGGGGUGCCCAUCAGGCGGCAGUGCUUUGACCACAUGCAAGAAAAGUUCGCUGAAUAUGUGAAGAGCCGAACUCUUCAGAACUGGAAGUUCUGGAUUUUUAGCAUCAUUAUUAAGCCUCUCUUUGAGUCGUUUAACGGGAUGGUGUCGACUGCAAGCAGGGCAGAGCUGUGUCAGACCACGCUGCAAUGGCUCGAUCGUCACUGCUCCCUUCCUGUGCUCAGACCCAUGGUGCUGAGUACACUUCGCCAGCUGAGCACAACCACGUCCAUUCUCAGCGAUCCAUCCCUGCUGCCUGAAGAAGCCAUCAAGGCCGUCACACACGCAGAUGUGCAGCUUGGCUGUCAGAGGAGGUGAGGAGACCUGAAAGCCACCUGAACCUUUUAACAGCAAUCAUCAAAAUGACAUAUCACUAGUUUACCUUUUAUAGCCAUACAGCGAGGUCAUCACAUCUUCCACAGAUGCACGACUUCCAUGAAUAAUGAGUGCGGCUUACUUUUGCUCUGUAUGUACGACGGUCAUGCAUUUUUACUGUUGUACAUUGGUUCUUGGGAAUGAUGCACACAGGGAGCCGCAACAUUUGACAUUUAUAGCAGCUGUGCAAAAAUGGCUUUUACCUUUUUAUUAUGUUCAAAUGACAGCAACUAUGACUUCCUUUACUAAAGGUGAUGAUCUUCUAAAUACUUUAUUGGAAGGUGGUACUGUUUUUUUUUGCUUUCUGAACAACGAUAUAUAUUUAAAUUUAAAUUGCUUUUGUAAUUCAAAGACACAACAUUGUGUUAAAAAAGGGAAAUAUUGAGUGAUUGUUCAUUUUGUGUUCUGUGUAGUGUAUGGAUUGGAUGCUUUUUUCACAAGAUUUUUUACGUCCUACCCUCCUUGAACAUCACACUGUAGAGGAUCGCCUGAAACUUCAGUUAUAGGGUUUGUCAGUGCUUAAUUAGCUCAACAGGCUAGGAGCUUUAUAAUUGUCUUUUUGAUCCCCCGUUCAUUCAGGUGAAUGUUAUUUUGCCAGUUAACAAUGGCAGAUUCUUGGUAUAUUUCCAUCUAUGCUGAUGAUCUCCCUUCAUACUUUGCUGGCUAAACAGGAUAUUAAGUACAUUGGGAUUUUACUGGGCAGGUCACAGCAUUAUGGAGCAAUAUUACUUAUAGCCCUCAUAGGGAGCAUAUCUGAAUUAGCAGUACAGAUUAUAUAUAGAGUAUAUUCUCAUGUACAGUGUUACAGAAUCUUAGCUUAAUGCACAGUAGUUGUAGAGGUCUUUGUUGGUCACUCAGGGCUGCGCUGGUCAGCGUUAUUACUUUACUAUUCAGCUAUGAACAAACCAGUCAGGGUCUUUCUCAGCAGGAAAACAUGUCUGUAUGAGCUCACCGGUUAUAUCACAUGCUUUAAUUUUGGUCUCAUAGUUACAGUAAUUUGCUUUAAAGGGACAGUUCACCACAAAAUCAAAACAUGUUUUCCCUUUUACUUGUAGUGCUUUUUAUCAGUCUAGAUUGUUUUGGUGUGAGUUGCACAGUUGAAGAUCAGCUGUAGAAAUGUCUUACCUUCUACCGAGUAUAAUGGAACUAGAUGGUACUCAGCUUGUGGUGCUCAGAGCUAGAUUUGAGAAACUCAAGUGAUGUCUCUCUCCGGAAAUCAUCACCCAGUUACUCAAAAUAAUCCACUGAUCAGCAGUUGUUGUUUUCAGUUUUCAGCAGUUUCAUUGUAUUAGAAAGAAAACAGUUCCAACAUGAAACUACUCACUGCUCACAACAAGAUCUGUGGAUUAUGUUGAGCAACUGAUUCAUGAUUUCUAGAAGGAGACCAGGGAUGGGAAUUGAUAAGACUUUAUUGAUACAUGUGCCAUUAUGUAUUUCGCUUAUCGGUCCGAUUCUUUAUCAAUUUCCUUAUUUAUUAUUUGUGGUCAAUUUUAUGUGUGGAAAAAAGUAGGCCUACACAGGUUUUCAGCCUCAGUGCAACUGUUUUAUUAUUUCUAAACAUAGUGUUGAUAAAAUUAGCAUUUGUUUCCAUUCAGGUUUUCAUAGUCAAGGAAAAAAGUCAGCUUGAGCCUCCCUGAGUUCUGUUUAUGUUAUUAUAACAGGAUAUUCAAGCAGAGGCACUCAGGUGUCAAAUACAUGCAAUUUCUGAAAUGUAAGCUUUUUGCUAGUGUUUUAACCCUUACUUCAAAUAGUUAUAUAUAGACAUUACAAGCAGCACUGUUGUCUUCUUUCUUUGUGAAAUGAAGAAGCUUUGGACCGUUUCUUCCUCUCAAUGACUCCUUGUUGCAGGCAUCAGUAAAAGAAAUUGUUAAGCUUGAAAACUUUCAAUUGCAAUGGAACAGACACUUUAGAAAAGUUCUCAACUGAAAUUGGUUCUCGAUUCCCAUUACUAAAAGAGUUUUUCAAAUUUAUUUUUUUUGGCGCUUUAAGCACCAAAGUGCCAUCUGGUCCCAUAGUGUUUGAGAGAAGGCAGACCUUUCUGCGGAUGAUAUAUCCAACCACUCGUCAACUGACAACAAAAUGAUGUAGAUGGAUGAAAAAUAGCACUACAGCUAAAAGAAAAAUGAUGUGUUUUUGAUUUUGUGGUGAACUGUGGGAGAAAAUGGCAUUUAAAAAGACACAUCACACAGAAACAGAUAAAAAGCCAUAUCAAAGACUAGUUUAUCCGUCAAUUCAGCUAAUUUUUUUGUUACUGACAUCAUAUUUGACAGAGCGCUCUGUCUGAGCCUUACAGUGAAAUAAAGUGCUCUUAGUCAUGACUUCUGCAGGCUAAUUAGUCCUUUUUGUGGUUUAGCACUCCUCAGGCAGACGUUGAUUUUGUGACUUGUGUUUUUAUUUUAUCUGCUGCAGAACAACACUGUUUACUCUGAUUUUUAUGGUAGCAAAUGGCACCACUGAGAUGAGAUCUUAUUUGAUGAAUGUGCAGCUUUUUGUGUGUUUUAUUGUUGAUUGAAGAUGUGUUUUAAUGGGCAAUUUCACUUUUUUACAAGAUGAUAUAGUGUCGAUGUACAGGUUGCUCAAUCUGCAAUAAGACAGGUAAGCAGUCAUCAAAAUUCAACACAUUUGCAGUGAUGCAAAUCAUAUCAUAUAGGCCUAUUUAACUUAUGACAGAAAGCCCUUAAUGUUCCACUGCAGCUUGGCAUUUGCAUGGCCAUUUUAUUGGAUUGUUUUCCCUCUCUCUUAUCCUAUGAUUUCAACAAUUUUGUCAGUUGGAUUUUGUUUGCAGUUUCUGUGAGGAGGGGUUUGUACAUGAUAAUGUAAAGUAUGUAACUGCAGAUUGGAUCUGCCCACGUUGGUUCUACCCAAAUUUAGUGUUGUAUUUGUUUUAAGAAGUAAAGAUAUUUUACUAUG